UUCAAACUCUCCCUCCUUCCCAAUCCCCACCAACCCAAACACCUUCUCCUCUCCCUAAGCUUCUUCCCUUAACACGUCACCGCCACCAAUGGGCUCGCUCUCCGCUCUCGACUGCACCGCCGGCGACGACGGAGGAGGCGUAUUGCCGUAUCCCCCCGCGCGCAGGGACGAGUCCGUCGUCGAUGAUUACCACGGCGUCCAGGUCUCCGAUCCUUACCGAUGGCUCGAGGAUCCUGAUUCGGAGGAGACGAAGGCGUUCGUGGAAAAGCAGGUGGAGGUGGCGGAUUCUGUGCUGAUGACGUGCGAGUUGAGGGAGAAGUUGAAGGGGAAGAUUACGAAGCUGUUCGACCACCCGCGCUACGAUGCGCCGUCCAGGCGUGGGGACAAGUACUUCUACUUCCACAACACCGGCCUUCAGCCCCAGAGCGUCCUCUACGUUCAGGACGGUUUACAAGGAGAGGCAGAGGUGUUGCUUGAUCCGAAUGCGCUGAGCGACGACGGCACAGUAUCGCUUGGCCCGUUUUCAGUGAGCGAGGAUGGGAAGUACCUGGCUUACGGGCUUAGCUCAAGUGGCAGUGAUUGGAUAACCAUCAAGGUCAUGCGAGUUGAGGACAAGACAGUUGAGGAAGACACGAUUUCAUGGGCAAAGUUUACAGGCAUCAGUUGGACACACGACAGCAGAGGGUUCUUCUACAGCCGUUACCCUGCUCCCAAAGAUGGAGAGAAGCUAGAUGCUGGAACAGAGACCAACAUCAACCUGUAUCAAGAAUCGUAUUACCAUUUCUUGGGAACGGAUCAAGCAGAGGAUAUUCUGUGCUGGAGGGAUCAAGAAAACCCCAAGCACCGAUUCGACGCAACGGUCGCAGACGAUGGAAAGCAUCUUCUCCUCUACACCCACGAAGGUUGCGAUCCGGUCAACAAAGUCUACUACUGUGACAUCUCUGCACUCCCUGGACCUGGUGGACUACACAGUUUCAAGGAAUCAAACAACGGUACGGAUCUCCUCCCUUUCAUCAAGCUCGUCGACGACUUCGAUGCGAAGUACGCAGCCGUAGCAAACGACGGGACGACGUUCACUUUCCUGACGAACAAGGACGCUCCUCGAUACAAGCUGGUCCGGGUCGACUUGACCGACCCGAGUUCAUGGGCAGAUGUCGUCCCGGAGUCAGACAAGGACGUGUUGGAGAUAGCACGUGCCGUUGAUGGCGAGAAAUUGGUACUGAGUUACCUGAGUGACGUCAAGAGUGUGUUGCAGGUCAGGGAGCUUAAGACAGGGGAGUUUCUGCAUCAGCUGCCUGUUGAUAUUGGUACGGUGACUCGGGUUUGUGCAAGGAGACAGGACGGUGUGGCGUUUAUAGGGUUUACGAGCUUUCUUUCCCCUGGGAUCAUCUACCAGUGUGAUUUGGGUUCCGGGGUUCCGGAAAUGAAGGUGUUUCGGGAGAUCCAAGUGCCUGGAUUCGAUCGCUCAGAGUUCCAAGUGAAACAAGUUUUCGUUACAAGCAAGGACGGCACCAAGUUCCCAAUCUUCAUCGGGUCGAAGAAGGGCAUCAAACUGGACGGGUCGAACCCGUGCUUGCUGUACGGCUACGGCGGGUUCACCGUCAGCAUCACGCCGGCUUUCAGCGUGAGCCGGGUAGCUUUGGCCAAGCAUUUAGGCGCCGUGUUCUGCAUCGCCAACAUCCGCGGCGGCGGAGAGUACGGCGAGGAGUGGCACAAGGCAGGGUCGCUGGCCAAGAAGCAGAACGUCUUUGAUGACUUCAUCUCUGCCGGUGAGUAUCUUGUGUCACAAGGCUAUACCCGGCCGGGGAAGCUCUGCAUUGAAGGCGGCAGCAACGGCGGCCUCCUCGUCGGAGCCUGCGUAAAUCAGAGGCCGGAUUUGUUUGGCUGCGCUCUGGCGCAUGUUGGUGUCAUGGACAUGCUGCGGUUCCACAGGUUCACAAUAGGUCAUGCUUGGACUACUGACUUUGGCUGUUCAGACAAGGAAGAAGAGUUCCAUUGGCUGAUCAAGUAUUCUCCACUCCACAAUGUGAGGAGACCAUGGGAAGCAUGCCCCGAUGUUCAGUACCCUGCGACCAUGUUGCUGACGGCCGAUCACGACGAUCGGGUCGUUCCAUUGCACUCUCUCAAGCUGUUGGCGACGUUGCAGUAUGUUCUGUGCACCAGCUUGGAGAACAGUCUACAAACCAACCCCAUCAUCGGCCGGAUCGACAGGAAGUCCGGCCAUGGCGCCGGCCGGCCGACUCAGAAAAUGAUUGAUGAAGCGGCGGAUCGGUAUGGUUUCAUGGCAAAGAUGGUGAAUGCCACGUGGACCGAGUAGGAGGACAAACAAAAGAGCUUCCCCUAAGUAGUUGUUGAUCCCGUUAAUGUCGACCUUGUGGUUUACUGGUUUAUACCAUCGGAACGGUAGCUCUUGUAAUUUACCCGGCCUGUUCAUGCAACAACAACAUACUGUUGAAAUUAAAGUUUAAUUAAGAUAAAAAUGAGAAAGGUCUAGAGAAGUAGGUAACGUGUGUGGUGUGGUGUAAUGGUGUACAAUCAAUGUGUGGAAUGAUGUAGAAUCAAUUAGGUGGUGUGAUUAAAAAAAGGGGGAAAAAAGGAACCACAUAUGGGAAGUAGGUUCCAACUAUCCAAGCUAAUGAGCUGCAUAUUUUUUGUUGUAUGGAGCCUAUAAAUAGGCUUGUGCAAAGCUGUGUAAAGGGUAGAGCAAAAGAAAGAAGAAGCCACUAAAUAAAAGAGAAAGCUCUCUUUUCAAACUCUCUAUGUCGCCUCCUCACUUCCCAAAAGCCCUUUCCCAAUUCCAUUCUCAAAUUAGAAAAUCCCAAACAAUUCAAAG